AUGUACAUAAAUAUUUGUCCUGGUUGGUGUUUUUCUUCUAACAUCUCAAAACAUGCAGGGGGAAGGAUAGUUAUUGGGUGGAACCCAAACUGCUUCACUGUCAAUAUUGUCUCCAUGAUUAGCCAACUCAUCCACUGUCAAAUCAUUACUGGCAGUAGGAAAACAAGUUUUGAUUGCACUUUUGUGUAUGCCAUGAAUGAGGCAAGGGAUAGGAGAGUUUUGUGGGAUGAUUUGGAGGUGAUUUCUAGAAGUGUUGGAGGUGCUUGGAUCUGUAUGGGGGAUUUUAACAAUGUCCUCAAUUUGACAGAUAGAAUAGGUAGCCUUGUAAGACUUGGAGAGGUUCAACCUAUGAGAGCUUGCUUCUCAAACUGUGCCAUUGAAGAUUUUAAGACUGCUGAUUGUUUCUAUGCCUGGACAAAUACACAAGAAGGUUCCCAUAGGGUCAUGUCAAAGAUUGACAGGGUGGUGGCAAACCAGCUGUGGUUAGACAUGUUUAGUGAUGUAGUGGAAAAUUUUCUUCCUGAGGGGAGUUUUGUCCAUUGUCCUGCUAUCAUUCGUACCUACAAUCAUGAUGGCUCUCAUAAACCUUUCAGGUUUUAUAAUAUGUGGUGCAAUUCACCACAGUUUGAUGAGAUAGUGCAACAGGCUUGGAGAGUUGAUAUUACUGGUUGUGCAAUGUUUAGAGUUUUCCAGAGGUUGAAACUGCUGAAAAAAGAGUUCCAUAAGUUGAACAAAGAGGCCUUCAGUGAAAUCCAUGCUAGAGACACUACUGCUCUGGGUGAUCUGGUGGAAACACAGCAACAACUUCACCAGAAUCCUAUGAAUGAUGACCUCAGAGUAACAGAAAGAGAAAAAGCCAAGGUGGAUUGGCUAACUACUGGUGAUGAAAACACCAGGAUGUUCCAUCAAAGUUUGAAGGAAAUAAGACAAAAAAAUGCCAUAUACUCUAUUAUUGAUAGCAAUGGAGCAUGGAAAGAUGACCCCAUGGAGGUGAAAAAUGAUUUCUUGGAGUACUACAUGCAGCUGUUAGGCACCACUCCCCCAUCCAAAACUCAUGUGAAACCUAAAAUCAUUGCUAUGGGACCUGUGAUCAAUGAGAACCACCAUCUGUGA